AUGUCAGGAAAAGGGAAUAAACAACACAAAGAUGAUGCGGUUCGAUAUCGUGUCAUGCGCCUCUCUGGAGAGGUAGAAACAGUGCAGUUGUCUCAACUUGUCGAAAGUCCUGCUCUCGAGUAUUUGAAGACUAAUCGUGUAGCAAAGGAAUGCAAUAAUACAAGUCCAGGGCAUGAUGCAUCAUCUUGUAAUUAUGUUCAUUUCUCGCAGCCGAAUUCGCCUGCUGCCAAGACAACAAACAAGAACAAGGCAAAUUUUUGCAUGGUGAAGCGCCUCUCAGGACAACGCGUUUCGACAAACUUCAAUGAACUCGUGCCCAACAUUGCAUCGGGGUAUCUACGUAGCCAUCCCGGAGCGAUAGGGCAAGAGUGUGGGAACGGAGAUCGCCAUGACGCAUCUAAGUGCAAGUUCGUCCAUUUCAAGGAGGAAGCCAUCAAACCAGCUCAAAUCAUCUCCACGUCAUUUGUACAGAGUGAGACUCAACGCCACGUCGGGUUAGUCGUAGAUGGCUUCAGCUUUCUUUGCAUCUUCGACUCUCCUGACGUGUUAGUCACGCUAAUCGAGCGAAUCGAAGCUACACUUUCUGAGCGAUCAAAACUGGUAGCACGUGUGCACCCACAGGCCAAAUAUUUCUUUCAUCCAAAUCCCAUUGAUGCGAUGGAAAAGAACGUGAUAUCACAGAAAGCGGUGAUUGAGUCCAUGCGACUCUUGAAUCGUGUAACGGGACUGGGAUGGCGGGUGAUCAACAGCAACUUCAAGCGAACUUCCAAUGGUCAAUGGAUGGCAACCAUCGAGGACGUUCGGCUUGCAAGCGAGGCAUCAGAGCUCUGUCGCAGCGGUCAACUUGCUCCUGUCGGUGCUGAUCCAGCGAAUGUCACUCUGACGGACUUAGUGAUAGUGACUGGAGACAACGAUCACUUGGCCACACUGCAGGCUCGUAGCAAUAACGAGCUUCGCUGGCUUGUUCCACUCAUGUCGGACAAUCACUUGAUGCCUCGCUCAGCUAUUGUGACUGCGGCUGAGCAAUUACAGCGAGUCAUCGUGUUCAACAAAGCAAACAGUGCUUGUGAAAAGCAUGACAAGCAGAAGAAAGAAAAGACGCCGAAAGGAGAUGAGGAGACAGAGAAGAAUAAACGACCACAAGAGAAGCAGCCGCAGCAGCAACAGCAAAAGGACAAGCAAAAGGAAACACAGAAGAGUACAGAAAAGGAGAAGCAAGAAGACAAACCAUCUCAAGGGCUGCGAGGGGGUCAAGACAUGAAAGACAAGCAAAACAAGAAGGACAAGGAGAAGGACAAGGAGAAGGACAAGGAGAAGGACAAGGAGAAGCAUGAUGAGAAGCAGGAGGCGCAAGCACAGGCAAACAAGGGAAACUCCACACCGAAAGGUGAAAAGGAGAGCAAGAAAGACAAGCAAAAAGACAAGGAGAAGCAGGAAGAGAAACCGUUGCAAGCACAGGCACAGAAGGGGAGCUCCGCGACCAAAGAUGAGCAGGCCAAGAAAGACAAACAGAAGGACAAGGAUGAGGACAAGGAAAAAGACAAAAAAAACAGUGAAAAGAAAGACAAAACAGGCAAGGAGCCCGAAAAGGAAAAGAGUCAGCAGCAAAAAAGUAAGAAUCAAGAGAAACCUGAGCCUGAAGCAAAACAGAAGGAUGAUCAGCAAAAACAAACAAAAAUUAAAGAGACACAAAAUCCAGAAAAGCAGGGAUCUAAUGUGCAACAAAAGAAGCAACACAAAGAGCCAGAAAGUCAGGAAGGACGACAGAAUGAUAAAAAGACCAAGCAAGCUAGUCAGUCCAGUGACUCGAACAAGUCACUUCCUGGAAAAUUCUUCUUUUUGAAGCGCAAGAACGGGACGGUUGAAAAGCAUUUGUUGUCUGAGAUGGCAAAAACUAUUGGAAAGGACCAUGCAAGGACAGGAAUGCAUUCGACGGAACAACGAGCCUUGCUUGAGUGCCAUUUUUACCCGAAGUGCAGCAAAGGCAAAAUGUGUAAAUGCGCUCAUAUCAAGGAAAAUGUGAGAGCGAAGAAGACAGUUUCGUCAGCAGCAGUGUCUGAUGAAAGUGAGGAAAGCAGUGAUGACGAUGCAAAAAGCAUGAGCAGCGAGGUUUCUUCAGUAGUCAUUCCAAAGGGGUUCAUCGGCGUGGACGAUGAGAUCCUUCCGGAAGAUGAAUUUAUCGACAACGCAGGGAAGCAACGAGCCAUCAACGAUAAUGGCAGGCGAGGACGAUUCUGCACUUCCACCCCAUGCAGGUACGGAGCAAUGUGUCUCUUCCUCCAUCGACGGCUGGACGAGGGCACGUCGUCCCUCAUUUCCCAGCUGCAGAAACUUGUAUUGGAGCAGAUUGCAGCGACUUCGAAACAGCCAGCGGCUUCAAAACAGUCAGAUGCAGUUGAUGUUGAGUGCCACAGCUGCAUGGAGCAGGUGGACCCUGCAGAUUCGUACCAGUGUUCCGAAGGGCAUGUGAUGUGCCAUGAAUGCUUCAACCAAUUCAUUCGCAUCACGUGGGCGGAGCAAAAGGUGGAAGCGACGGAUCCUGAGCCGCAGCUCAGAUGCGCUGCCCCAGGAUGCUUGUCAAACCCGCUCAAAGACACCGAGGUUGCCCGACAUGCGACUGAGGAGGCGAUGGCCAAGUACUUCGCCAUCAAGCAGCAAUGGCGGGAUGCAAAGACGUAUGCUCAUGCACAGUCGCUUCUUCAGAGAGAGCAGGACGCCAAUGGAGGAAGCUUCUCAAGCGAAGCAGGGCGAGCACUACUACAAGAGCAACUGAAGAAGGAGAUGCCCAAUGCUCUCAUGUGCCCGCGAUGCAAAUGUGGACCGAUCGAUCACUUCUCCUGCAGUGACUUGACGACCCACGAUGGGCACGAGGGGGAAGGAGGAGCGAGAAUCGACAACAGCUGCCCCAACUGUCGUUUCUUUGCUAACGACGUCUCCCAGUGGGAUCGUUGGGAUGGUGUCCUGCGGCGCCCAGAGGACCUGGUUGCAUCUUCCAUCUCACCCGAGGACCUUCAAAUCAUGGAGUUUGUUUGCAGCGCCUGCGGAUGCAGCCAAGAUCGAGCUCGGCAGGUGAUCGCGAAUGCCAGGAGAGUUCUGCCCAAGGAAGCGACUAGGCAUGAGAUCAUGGGCUCUGCCCUUGACCUUCUCAUCUGCUCAGAGAGGCUGGCCAAGGCAACAUCAGCGUCGUGA